UGCCGCCGCCGCCCGCUGCCGCCCCUGCUCUGCCUCCUGCUCGCAGCACUCUGCCUGCCCCCAGCUCUGGGAUUGUACACAGUAAAUGCAAUAUAUGGAGACACUAUUACUAUGCCUUGUCCUCUAGAAGUACCAGAUGGUCUUAUGUUUGGAAAAUGGAAAUAUGAAAUGCCAAAUGGAUCUCCAGUAUUUAUUGCCUUCAGAUCAUCAACAAAAAAAAAUGUACAGUAUGAUGAUGUACCAGACUACAAAGACAGGUUGAGUCUCUCAGAAAACUAUACAUUAUCCAUCAAGAAUGCAAGAAUCAGUGAUGAAAAGAGAUUUGUAUGUAUGCUAGUUACAGAAGAUGAUGUUUCCGAAGAGCCGACGAUAGUCAGAGUUUUCAAACAACCCUCUCAACCAGAAAUCUUACAUCAAGCAAACCUCUUAGAAACAGAGAAGCUACAAAUGCUUGGGGAGUGCGUGUCCAGAGACAGCUAUCCUGAGGGCAAUGUCACAUGGUACAAAAAUGGGAGAGUUUUGCAUCCCGUGGAUGAUGUUGUGGUCAUAAAUUUGCAAAAGAUUGUGGACAGAACAACCGGACUCUUCACCAUGACAUCGUCCCUUCAAUACAUGCCAACAAAGGAGGAUCUAAAUGCCAAGUUUUCUUGCAUUGUGACUUAUUUUGGACCAUCUGGCCAGAAAACAAUGCAGUCUGAACCAGUUGUCUUCGAUGUUCACUACCCAACAGAGAAGGUGACUAUUCAAGUGCUGCCACAAAGCAGUACCAUUAAAGAGGGCGAUAACAUCACUCUGAAGUGCUCAGGAAAUGGCAACCCUCCUCCACAGGAGUUCCUGUUUUACAUUCCAGGAGAAACAGAAGGUAUAAGAAGCUCAGAUACUUAUGUAAUGACAGAUGUGAGACGAAAUGCAACAGGAGAGUACAAGUGCUCUCUGACUGACAAAAGCAUGAUGGACUCGACCACCAUCACUGUGCACUAUUUGGAUUUGCAGCUUACUCCUAGCGGAGAAGUCACAAAACAGAUUGGAGAGGCCUUGCCUGUGUCAUGCACAAUUUCUUCUAGUAGAAAUGCAACUGUAUUUUGGAUAAAGGACAAUACCAGAAUGCAAACAAGUCCAUCAUUUUCGAGUCUUCAGUAUCAAGAUGCUGGAAACUAUGUCUGUGAAACUACUCUACAGGAGGUGGAAGGACUGAGGAAAAGACAGACACUUAAACUCAUUGUGGAAGGAAAACCUCAAAUCAAAAUGACCAAGAAAACCAACACAAAUAAAAUGUCUAAAACAAUUAUCUGCCAUGUGGAAGGUUUCCCCAAGCCAGCAGUGCAGUGGACAGUUACGGGCAGCGGAAGCAUCGUAAAUAAAACAGAGGAGACAAAAUAUGUUAAUGGGAAAUUUUCCAGUAAAAUUGUAAUUGCUCCUGAGGAAAAUGUAACUUUAACUUGCAUUGCAGAAAAUGAGCUAGAAAGGACUGUGACCUCCAUGAACGUCUCUGCUAUAAAUAUUCCAGAAUAUGAUGAGCCAGAGGAUAGAGGUGAUGACAAUAGUGAAAAGGUUAAUGACCAGGCAAAGCUCAUAGUGGGAAUUGUGGUCGGUCUUCUGCUGGUUGCUCUGAUUGCAGGUGUUGUCUACUGGCUCUAUGUGAAGAAAUCAAAUGACGCCAAAGGAAAGUCUGAGAAGGCAGCAGCACAGAACUUUCCAAGUCUGCCGAGGCAAGAAAAACAUUCCUUUUUUUUGUUAUUGGUGUUGUGGUUUGUAUAAUCUUCUAUUGUCUUGUCAUCCACACUAAGUAGGAAUUUUACUUGUAGUCUUGGAAUAUAUUCACAAUAAAUCACUUGUACAGUUACUCACUGCCUCAGCUCCACUUGAUGGAAAAGCUGAUUAUUGCCACAUAUUCUUUUCAGUGUGAAUAUUAUCCCAUAAAUCAGGGACUCAUCUGUAUUUCACAUCCUGCAACCAGCCUCCCCUUGAAUAAAGAGUUGAGGCUACCUACCCCAGCAUGCCUUGUUUCUCCUUCAUCUGAGCAGAAGGCUAGACACUUGUUCUCUGCAGAUUUCUCCUUUUUCCAAAAACAAUGUUGUAAACUAAUCUGCACUGAACAGAAUAUAACUCAGCACUUCAGAAUCUUUCUAAACUUUUUGUGUCAGGCCUCAGUUUGCAGAGCACCCACAUUAGGGAAAUGCUCCAUAUAUGAAAUUUUCAUCUUGCCAGAAACAGCUGAGGGUACAGCAGAAACUAAAGAUUCAGAAAGGAAAUAGUGCACUCAGCACCCUGCUCUCUAGACAUGGAAGUUUGCAUGUAGCUGGAUCUUGGUCCCAUUUUUGUCCCUGGAGUUUGGAGGUGUCCAAAUUUCAAGUUACAUGAGGUUAGACAAAGGUUAAAGUGGUUCAGCAUCAGUGAAGGAAACUUCAGCUGUGACAGUUGAAUUACAGCAGCAGUCUUAAAGUUGUUCACAGUCAGAGCACAUCCAACUCCUGAGAUGUUUCUUAGGUCACAGUACUGUCAAAGGUUACUGGUGUCUCUGAAACUGAACACUUGAAGCAUAACAAUUCUGCUUUUCUGAUACUUCAUAGCAAACAAGCAUAUGAGUCAGAUGUAGUGGGCCAAAUAUCUGAGAAACUCACUAUGUUUUCAGCAAGACUCAGCAUUUGUAUUGGUUUUCACUCAGUUCCUUUUCAGAGAAAAGACAUAAUUACCAAACAUCUCUGAAAGUGUCAGCUCAUGGCACAGAUUUAAUGUAAAAGUGACACGGAUUAAAAAGAGUCACCCAUUUCUUCAUGACUGGAAUAUUUUUCCAGUGUCUCUGUGGUUUUUCCUACUGAUGGACAUUUGAAAAUAAUUGAAAGAAGUGGAAGGCAAGAUUGGAGGAGGUUGCAGCUAGUCUGGAUUGGGAUGUAUAAAACCAUUAGCUCCUAGAAAAUCAUCUGCAACAGUGCAGUUGGGUGUAGCUUUAAUGAAAUUCACAGCUCUUACCUGUCACCAUCAUCACAAUUUUGGGUAACAAGGACAAACAGCACUGCUUCCUUCCUUAAAUAGCAUUGAGGGCAAGGCCUGGACUUGCAAGAUUAAAAGAAAUCAGAAAUUAAAACCCUACAGCAAUUUUUUGGGUCAUCUAUAUGUAGUCUGUAUUUACACUGCAGCAGGCAAAACAAUUACCAUGGAAAAUGGUCUUCAUAUUACAAACAAUGUUAUGAACAGUAUCCGACAAGAUCCAUGAAAAUAGUGGCCCCACAGCACACACACUCUGAAGAAUACUAAAAAUCUCACUUUGGUACUACUUACAGAGAGAUUUUGAUUAGAAUUCUCUGAGGAUAAUUAUUUUCCUGAAGAGUAAGCAUAGAUAAAUAUUAAAUAUGAGGCAUAAUUUUAGCAAGAGUUCAGAAUGAUCCAUGAUUUACAAAUUAAUUUAAAGGGGAAAAAAAAAGAAAGAGUUGAGUGAGUAAACUCAUUUAUACAACCAACUUCUUACUCUUCAGAACAAUACCAUCAAAGGUGUGGGGGAUUUUUUGUGGAGCUGCGUUUAAUGACAGUGUGAGAGUGCUCCAGGUCUGGGCAAAGUGGGCUGUCUUCCCUUUUGGGUAAAUCCUUGGAAGUAUUUCUGUCCGUUCAGACUCCACUGCCCAGCUAGUCAGAUAUUAUGAGGAAGUUGAUCUUCAGUUGCACAUGGAGCAAGCUGGCAGGAGUUAAUGCACAAAAACCAAUAAGGAACAACUGUUGCUGGAUGUUAAGAACCAUUUGUCCUGUACUUGAAGUCACCUCAGAAGUGAUGGAGCCCAUGUUUUGUUUCUUUUACAAAUCCAAGCCCUGUCUGUCGAGCUCUGGGGAUUGGUGGCUGUUCCUCUGCUGUUGGCAGAGCACUGCCUGUGGACCUCACCUCAGUGCUAAAUAACUCCUGUGUCUCUUAAUGACACUGUUUAGAUAGCACUAAAAAGGGCAGCAGCAUUGUUUGUGCUGAGGUGGUGAAUCUGCCUAGAUAAUGGUAUUUGGGGAGCAAAAAAAGCCAGGUCAGCAGGAUCACCAAAGCAUUACAAAUAAACUGCAUUUCAGUCUCAGGCAUUGAGAAUUGAAAUCCAUGGGACUGUCAGACAUGAAAAACUGCUGCUGCUCUUAUUUCAAGCAAGUGGUUUGUAACAUCCUCCAAAAGAGUUCUGGAGCACCUGCCUCUUUCAAAGUUAGUGUUGCCCUUUAAGUCUCCCAUUUUUGCCCAGUGUGGCUUUAGGAAAAUGAAGGUGACAUUUAGUUUGACUGAAUGUAGACCUAAAAUAAAUUACUUUAAAAAUCAAAACCCUAUCAUGUUGCAGAAUCUCCUGACGUUAGUCCUUGAACACUUUUAACCCAAUCAAAGGCCAGACAGUUCCCUCUGCUGUUAAGUGGCAGGUCAUAUGAGAUUCAGGCUCAUUUGGACAGUGUCAAAAUGGUGAUAAGAGGCCCAAAAAAAAAAAAAGGAUCCCAAUGAGCCAUGCCAGUAGUCUCCAAGAGCAGACAUUAGUAGUUACAUGAGGAAAGAUGUGCAUGAUGCUGCUUUCUCACAUCCAGCUCACUUCAGCUCAGGUAAUUGCCUGAGUCCAGAUCCUUUCAGCUUUUUGUUUCAUCCCUACUUGUCUCCAAUUUUGUGAGACUUGUUUAUGGAAAAGACUUAUUAGCCCCAUGACAAGCCAAAUUAUGUGCUCAACCUAAACCAAACAUGUUUUAAAUUUAAAUUAUAAACCUUUUUAAUUUUCAAGGGAUUUUUUUUGAAGGAGUUGCUUCCUUUUUGUUAGGAUUAAAGAGAUUUGUGAAAGGUUAUUUAGGUCACAGAAGGUCAGUCUCUAUCAAAGCAUUGAAUUUUCUUCUUCAUUGCAUUUCACAUCCUUUCCUUUUAUUCAUGUCACGUGUUUCAGGUUUUGAAUACCAGAAAAAAAUAUAGAUUGCUACUGCACAAUAGAAAUUUACCACUGUAGAACAAGUUACUUUGUAAUACUAUCUCAGCAGUUUUAAAAUUAAAUUUGCCUGUUAUAAAGAGGAGCUCACAUCUUUGCAGUAAAUGGGUUUUCAGCAUGAUCCGUUCCUGUCAGUCACACAAAUAUAACAGAGGCGCCCUAAACCACUAGCAAAAGGUAAAGCAGCUUUUAAAACAUUAAAACUUAUGGCCCCUCAGGAUAUAACCUUCUCUAAAACCAAAAAUAUUUUAGAGUAGUCCCUUUCAGUGUAACCUGUGGGAUUUGGGAUCCAGAAUCCCAUACUCCCCUGGCACUGUACCUCAGGAUGGAGGAGAGCAGCAUUUCAGCAGCACUCCAGAGGUGGGGAGGGGUUGGGUGCACUUGCACUCCUUCAGGAGCUCUUCAGAGACAAGCACUGAGCUUUCCUGGCUCCUCAGCUCUGCUGCAGGGUGCCCAGCCCAGGGCACAGCCUUUGCUCAGAUGGAGGAUGUGCACAGGAAUGCCCCAGCAGCACUAACCGCGCCCGCUCCGGGAGCUGCAUCCCUGCAUGGUGUCAGCCUGACAUGUCACACAUCUAACCCGUGUCUUCAUUGUACUUUGCCAGUCAGCCUCACUCGGGGUCUUCACCCCAAGCAAGGGUGAGCAUGUGCAUCAAUCUGUCACAGCAGACCACACUUUUCUGUAGGGGAAACAAAUUAACUGUGGAGAAAAUGCAGAUACGAUAAUCUGCUUUGACACAAGGGAUUUACUUCGUCCCACUCAAACACAUUUGCCCAUUUACAUUUUAAAAAUUGGGGCCUUCAAAAUGUUAUCACAGCACUGCAGGAAUCUUUCACCUUGGCAGACAGUGAGGCUUCUCACAGAUUAAAUGAAUGGCAUAGUGGUUUUAUUGUGCUAAGCUAAACUAAGCACUUAACUCAUUAAUUCAUCACCACUACUUGCAUUAAGGAAGACCUGCUAUUUUAAAUGAGGCAUACCUCUUUUUCCCCCCCUCUUCAAACAUUUACACAAUCUCAUCUUUACCCAAAGCUUGUCAGUCAUAGCUAACACCGACCUACAAGCCAGAGUGAGACUUUUUUUUUUUUACAUGUUGCCAGAAUUUUCAUGAAUUUCUUCACAUUUUAAAGAGCCUCUGUUUGGCACAGGCUCUGAAAGUCAUUUACUACAAGUACACAAAAGAUUGCUGUGUUGAUCAAGAUAUCUUAGCCACACUUGUAACAUUUUAGUAUGCCUUAAAGCAGUCCCAUGUUUAUUGAAACAAGCUGCACAAUUACUUUGUCAAGUAACAUGCAUCUCCACAACUGGUUUAAGCUUACUAAAUGUCUGCUAGAUCAGAAUAAUUCAGAAUUCCUCAAGAAGCAGAUCAAACACACAGAGCCCUGCUGCAAUACUUCCUGUGGUAUUCACAGGUGGUGUCACUGGCCUAUUUACAGAUAUAUGCAAACCUGGUGCUCUGCUCAGAACAGAACUGUCAAAAUUUUUUGUUCACUGUGAGGGGUGGAGGCAGUGUCAUUAAUAUGAGUGUGGAAAAAAAUGCUGUAGACAUGCAAAAAUGACCUUCCUUUACAUUAUAGGACAGCAUCAAAACAUGUAGACAAAGAUCUUGGAAAUAUAGAAGAAAA